AUGUGCUGGAGCGGGUGCCCCCCCCCCCGGCCCGGUCUGCCCCGGCCCCGCUUCUCGCUCUACCUGUCGUCCCAGCUCCAGUACGGCGUGGUGCUGGUCUACCACCGCCAGUGUGUCAUCCUCCUGGAGGAGCUCCAGUCUGUCCUGGUCCAGAUUCUGAGACAGAGGAGCACCAAGACAAUUGACCUGGAAAGCCAGAGCAGAAAGGCCAGGGUGCUGCCAGACACUCUGUCCCUGCUGGAGGAGGCCGGGGGGGCGCUGGACCCCUUAUUCGGAGUGAUGCGGGAGCUCAUGCCCAGCCCCAGUGCUCUGAUGGAGAUGACCCCUGAGCGUCAGCGGGACGCCUCCUCCCCGCCUCCGGAGGCCUCCCGUCCAGAGACCUACGCCACUCCAGAGGUGGAAACCGGCAUCACGGCGUCCCCAGACUCCAUCACCAUGAGGGAGCCGGAGCCCGUCACCAUCCCCAGAGCCGAGUUCGAGGGAGAAGACCUCAUCGACCGCCAUCCAGACAUCAUAGACAUCCUGCUGGCCCAGGACGGCCACUUCCCAGAAGAGUUGCCCAGAGAAGAAGCGACGCCCGGAGAAGGAGAGCCCGAGAGGCAGAGACCGGACCGGGAGGGAAUGCUGACCCCCCGUCAGGCCACCUCUGAGCACGCCCCCCUGACGCCCCCGCCGGGGCCGGACACGCCCGCCAGACCUGCCAGGGACCAGCGCACCCCCACCCCAGAGCCCGCCGGGCCCCCGCCGCCCGCCGCAGAGACGCGGCCCGAGAGGCGUCCAGGAAGCCUCCAGCAGGAGGGUUCCCCCGAGGUGACCGCGGCCAGCAUGAAGAAGAGGAGGAGGCAGCUGGUCUUCUUCGACCCGGAGACGCAGCUCUCCCAGGAGGAGCAGGAGCAGCGGCUGCAGGACCCUCUGACCGAGACCCGGCCCCCGGUCCUGCUGCCCACCCCCUCUCUGUGGAUGCCCCCUGCCUCCGAGCUGCUGAACACCCCCCGCAGCUUCCUACCCGAGGAGAUUCGGUUUCUAUGGAGACAGGCGGCCACCAUCACGCCCCUCUUUGGCUCGGACCUUCUGGCCGGGGAGAGAGGGCCCGAGUCCUCUGACUCGGAGCGGGAGCAGGAGAGGAUGGAGGAGGUGGCGGAAAUCGAGGAGCAGAGAGUUGACGUCCAGAGAGAAAUGAUGGAACCAGAGAUGUUUGAUACUUCAGCUCAGGGCACGCUGCCACUGGAGGCCUCCGACCAACCGGAGACGUCUCAAGAAAUAUCCCCUUUAGUCUCAUUGGAGAGAGAGGGGUCCACCGUCUCCAGGUCCGUGUCCCUGCUGCAGGACAUCCCGGAGGUGCAGGACGAAGCGAUGGACGCUCUUGGGGAAGAGUCUCCCGGGUUGAUGCCGGGGCUGGAGGAGCUGGAAGAGGAGCCCCUGCUCUUUCACUCCCUCCUGCCGGCGGGGGCGGGCCGUGCGGCGGUCAGCAGGGCCUUCCAGAGGCUGCUGGAGAAUCUGACGGCCAGGAAGAUCUGUGCGGAGCAGGACCAGCCCUACGGGGACAUCUCCAUAUUCCCAGGCCCGGGAUACCAGGACCUGCGCUCGGUUGUGUGA